AUGUCAUCUAAAGAUAAAUACGAUAGAUAGCUUCGUCUUUGGGGUCCUCAAGGCUAAAGAAAGUUGGCCAAUUCUAAGAUUUUGCUCUUAGGAGCAGCACCUGCAGGAGUUGAAGCUCUUAAAAAUUUAGUUUUACCAGGAUGCGGUCACAUUACUAUUGUAGACCACCAACUCAUUACUGAGAGAGAUUUAGGAAACAAUUUUUUCUGCUCUCCUGAAGAUUUAGGUCAACCCCGUGCUAAGAGUGUCUGUGAUAAUCUUACAGAAAUGAAUCCUGAAGAUGUUCAUGGUAAGUGGCUUAAUGAAAAUGUAGAUGAAUUAGCUGCUAAGGAAGAUUUUAUUAAAGAGUUUACUUGCGUUAUAGCAAAUGAGUUGCUUGAUGAAGAACUUCAUAAGCUAUCUGUUAUUUGUGAUAAAUAUAAUAUUAAAUUACUGGCAAUCUAAACAAAUGGAUUUUAUGCUUAGUUGCGUCUCUAAGCAGGUCGUCAUUGCAUUAUAGAAAGCAAACCAGACAGAGACUUCUAUGACUGGACUCUUCGUAUCCGCCAACCUUUCUAACAUCUUCAAGAUUUUUGUGAUAAAUUUGAUUUGUAGGAUUUAUCAACUCAUGAAGAUAAGAAUCCUCUAGCUCACGUACCUUUUGUAGUUAUUUUAGUAAAGGCUAUGAAUGCAUGGAAGCAAUCUCAUAAUGGUAAUGCUCCUUCAUCAAUCCAAGAAAAGAAUGAAUUUAAAAAAACCAUCGAGACUCAAAUGCACUGGCUUGAAGCUAAGGAUCGUGAAAAUUUCGAAGAAGCUCUUGCCAAGAUUUACUGGGCUCAUAAAGAUGCUACCUAAAUUCCAGAUAAUUUAUAAGUUCUUUUUGAUCAUGAUUAUUGUAAAAAUUUGGAUCACUCUAGCUCUGAUGACUUAAAGUUCUGGACUCUUGUAGCUGCUCUUAAGAAAUUCCGUGAUGAAAAUAACCACUUCCUGCCUGUUGAUCGUCGUAUCCCAGAUAUGAAAUCUACUACUGAAUGGUAUAUCUAAUUAAAGGAGGUUUAUCAAACCUAACACAAUGCCGACCGUGAAGCUUUUGUAAAAAUUCUAAAUUAAAUAAAUACCAAAAAUCUUGUUUUUGAUCAAAAUGAGGAUAUUUAAGUAUUCCUUGAUAAUAUUAACUGCUUAGAAUUUAUCGAUUUCCACUCUAUUGAUAACGAGUUAACCAAGCCAAUUGAAACAGAAAACUAUGAUAACCAAAACCACCUUUGGUUUGUUGGAUAAAGAGCUGUUAAUUAAUUCUAUUAAAAGCAUAGAAGAUUCCCCAAUCCUUCUGAUUAAGCAGAGUUGUCUUAAAUAGCAGCUUAAAUAAGAGAAACUAAAUAUCCUAAUUAUGUUGCUAUUGAAGAAGGUAUUAUCUAGGAAUUCUGUAGAUACGAAGAUUCCCGUCUUCAUAAUAUUGCUGCUAUUAUUGGUGGAGUUGCAUCUCAAGAAGCUAUUAAGCUUAUAACUAACUAGUUUGUCCCUUUAAAUAACACUUACAUUUUUAAUGGUAUUACUUGUGAAGGUGUCACUUUAGAAUACUGA